AUGCAGGCUCUCCCCGCCGCGCCGCGGUGUCUGCUGGCCGGCUUGCUGCUGCUGGCCGGCUGCGCCUGGGUGGGGGCGCCGGAGCCGCCACCAGACAGCGCGGCCGUCUCCUCGCCGUGGGCGCCCGAGGCGGCCGCCGUCGUGGUGGCCAACCGCGGGCUGCGGGUGCCCCUGGGCCGCUCCGCCUGGCUGGACCCUGCGCGGGACCUGGUGCUGCAGGUGCAGCCGGGGGACCGGUGCCACCUCACCGUGCUGGACGAGGAGCCGUCGUGGCAGCGCCCGGGCCGCCUGAGCCCCCGGCGCUUCCCCUGCGACUUCGGGGCCCGCGAGGUGCAGUACUCCCACCUGGGCGGCCGCAGCCCCGCGCGGGACCGCGUCCGGCUGCAGCUGCGCUACGACUCGCCGAGCCGCUCCCUGGUGCUGCCCCUGGUGCUGGAGGUGGAGGUGCUCUUCACCCAGCUGGAGAUCGUCACCCGCAACCUGCCCCUCACCGUGGAGCGCCUGCGGGGCACCAGCAACCCGCUGGACGCCCGCAGCCUGGAGUUCGCCUUCGAGCCGGGCCGGCAGCGCUGCCGGGUGGGCCUGCUGCCGCCGCUCGCCGGGCUGCCCCGCUACGGAGAGAUCCUCAACUCCCCGCCGGCGGCCGCGGGCGAGGAGGAGGCGGCAGGGGGCGGCCCGGUGCCCGCCUCGAUGUGGGACUGCGAGGAGUUCUUGCGCCUGGGGCUGCGCUACCGGCACACGGCGGCCAGUGGCUCCCCCAACCGCGACCUGGUGCCGCUGGUGGCGGAGCUGCGGGAGGCGGCGGGCAGCGGGGCGCUGCUGAAGCGUGAGUACUUCCAGGUGCUGGUGCGGAUCCGGGCUGGGACUGAGAAUGUGGCCCCCAAACCCAGCUUCUUGGCCAUGCUUAUGAUGGAGGUGGACCAGUUCGUCCUCACCGCCGUCACGCCUGACAUGCUGGCAGCUGAGGAUGCUGAGUCGCCACCAGACCUGCUGCUCUUCAACAUCACCUCUCCCUUUGGCCCCGGCCAGGGCCACAUGGUCAGCACAGACGACCGGAGCUUGCCUGUCUCUUCCUUUAGCCAGCGGGAUGUGAGGGAGCUGCGCAUCGCCUACCAGCCGCCCGUGGAGGACUCGGAUCAGGAGCGGCUUUUCGAGCUUGAGCUGGAGGUGUUGGACCCAGAGGGUGCUGCCUCAGAGCCCUUUGCCUUUGUGAUUGUGGUGAAGCCCAUGAACACCCUGGCACCUGUGGUGACCCGCAACACUGGCCUCGUGCUUUAUGAGGGGCAGUCACGGCCUCUCUCGGGCCCUGGUCCCAGCCCCAACCUGGUGAUCAGUGAUGAGGAUGACCUUGAGCAGGUGCGGGUGAGCGUGGUGGCAGGGCUGAGGCAUGGCCACCUCACUCUCCUGGAGGAUGCCCCAGCAGCUGCUGCCCCUCGUAAACACUUCACCGUGGCUGAGCUGGCAGCAGGCCGGGUCAUUUACCAGCAUGACGGCAGUGAGUCUCCACUCAGUGACAACCUGGUGCUGCGGCUAGAAGAUGGUGGCUCUCGCCACCGCGUUGAGUUCCUUUUCCCCAUUACCCUGGUGCCCACUGAUGACCAGCCGCCCCUACUCAAUGCUAACAUGGGGCUGGCCAUGGCUGAGGGUGAAACAGUGCCCAUCACCACCCGAGCUCUUAGCGCCACUGACAUUGACUCGCAGGAUGCCAUCCUGCUUUUCACAGUGGAGUCUGGCCCCACUGCUGGGCAGCUCCUCCUCCGUCAAGCACAGCCACCUCCUGGCUGGGAAGAGGAGGAAGAUGAUGAGGGUUUUUCUUGGAGGAGGGUGCCGAGUUUAGCAGGGAGCUCCCUAAUCUAUGAAAAGCCAGUGAGAGAGUGGCUGCAGCAGGACAUUGUGGAAGGGCGUCUCUAUUACCACCACUUUGGGCCUCACAGCCCUGGCCCUGGGGUUGUGUUGGAUCAGUUUGUCUUUAGAGUCCAGGAUGACAAUGACCCACCCAACCGCUCCAGACCACAGGCUUUUGUGAUCCGGGUACAUCCUGUAGACAGAUUAGCCCCAGAGCUGCAUAGUAGCAGCAGCCUGCACUUAAUAGUUGCAGAGCAGCAGGUGACCCCACUGCGGAGGAAACACUUGUGUUACACAGAUCAGGAUUCAGGGGACCGUGAACUCCGCUACACAAUAACCCAGCCCCCCACUGACACUAACCACCCUCCAGAUGUAUAUGGAGCCCGCCUUGGAUCCCUCGUGCUGACUGAGGAUCACUCUGUGGAAGUUACCCACUUCACCCAGGCCCAGAUCAAUCAUCACAAGAUCUCGUUCCGACCCCCACAGGAAGAACUGGGGGUGGCUCCUCAUUUGAUUCAGUUUCAGUAUCAAGUACAAGAUGCAGCUGGCAAUGCAGCUGAAGGGACUUUCACCAUCUACCUGCAGCCUGUGGAUAACCAGCCUCCUGAAAUCACUAAUACUGGCUUCACUUUGCCUGAGGGAGGCAGCCAUGUUCUUAGUCCAACUGAGCUGGAUGCCAGUGACACGGACACUGAACUUGCCCAUCUCAGAUUUAUCCUGACCCAGGCUCCUCAGUAUGGCCAGUUGCAGCUUUCUGGGUACAGUUUGAUUCCAGGAGGUGUCUUUGGCCUGGAGGAUAUCAGAGAAGGGAGGGUGGUGUAUGUGCACAGUGGAGCUGAGACCAACAGUGAUGCCUGCAGGCUUGAUGUGAGUGAUGGGAUUCAUUUUGUGCCCAUCACAUUGAAAGUGAACGUGCACCCAGUUGAUGAUGAGGUUCCUACGUUACGGUUGCCGCCAGGCACUCUUGGUUCCUACCUGGAUGUGCUGGAGAAUGGUGCUGCUGAAGUCACUGCUAAUGUCAUUCAGGGCACGGAUGAGGAUACAGAUGACUUAAUGUUGACCUUCAUUAUAGAGGAUCCUCCUCAGCAUGGGAACAUCCUGGUUCAAGGGGUGCCUGCAGAGAGAUUUUCCCAGAAGGAUCUGCUGGAUGGUGCUGUGGUAUAUGCUCACACUGGUGGUGAAAUAGGCCUUCUGCCCAAAGAAGAUACCUUCAACCUUACCUUGUCUGACCUGUCUGAGGAGUGGAGCGUCAGGGGCAAUGUUGUUCAAGGAGUUUCGGUCUUGGUGACCAUUCUUCCUGUUGACAGUCAAGCCCCAGAGAUUUUUGUGGGGGAGCAGUUCAUGGUAACGGAAGGCGACAAACAGGUCAUUACUCCUGCUCACCUCAGAGCUGAAGAUGUGGAUACUCCUAGUGAUGAUAUACUCUGCACCAUUCUUGCGCAGCCCACAUCUGGGUAUGUAGAGAACAUCUCUCCAGCCCCAGGAUCUGAAAAAUCCAGAGCAGGUAUAGCUAUAAGUGCUUUUACCUUGAAAGACCUCCGUCAAGGGCAUAUUUUUUAUGUUCAAAGCAUACAUAAGGGUGUAGAGCCUGUUGAAGACAGAUUUGCUUUCCGAUGUUCUGAUGGCAUUAACUUUUCCCAAAGGCACUUUUUCCCCAUUGUCAUUAUGCCAAUCAAUGAUGAAGAGCCUGAAAUCUUUACACGAGAGUUUGUUGUCAUGGAAGGCAUGAGCCUAGUUGUUGAUACCCCUAUCCUCAACGCAGCUGAUGCAGACAUCCCUGCUGAUGAGUUAAUGUUCACAAUCACCCGGCUUCCCAGGCAUGGCCAUGUUGUGAACCAGCUGGUCAAUGGAACUGUCCUAGUGGAGAGCUUCACUUUGGAUCAGAUAACAGAGAACUCCAACAUACUCUACGAACAUGAUGACUCUGAGACAAAGGAGGACAGUUUUGAGGUGAAACUCACAGAUGGUAAACAUACCAUUAGGAAAACGGUAUUCAUCAUGGUUAUUCCUGUAGAUGACGAGACACCCAGGAUGGCUAUCAAUGAUGGUUUGGAGAUUGAAAUAGGGGAAACUAGAACUAUUAAUAACAGAAUAUUGAAGGCUACUGACCUCGAUUCUGAAGACAAAACCUUGACAUACAUUAUAAGAUAUGGGCCAGGACAAGGCGUCUUGCAGAGAAUAAAGCCUUCAGCUGGAGUCGAGAAUAUCACCCUGGGGAUGAACUUCACCCAGGAUGAAGUGGAUAGAAACUUAAUUCAAUAUAUCCAUUUUGGCCAAGAAGGAGUUCGUGAUCUUAUUAAGUUUGAUGUGACAGAUGGAAUAAAUCCUCUCAUUGACCGCUACUUCUAUGUGACAAUAGGUAGCACUGACAUUGUUUUCCCAGAUGUGAUCAGCAAAGGAGUUUCUUUGAAGGAAGGAGGGAAGGUAACCCUUACUACUGAUUUGCUUAGCACCAGUGACCUGAAUAGUCCAGAUGAGAACUUAGUUUUCACUAUUACCAGAGCACCUGUUCGUGGUCAUCUUGAAUGCACAGAUCAGCCUGGGGUACCCAUCUCCACUUUUACUCAACUCCUGUUAGCAGGCAAUAAAGUCUAUUACAUUCACACUUCAGAAGAUGAGGUGAAGAUGGACAGCUUUGAGUUUGAGGUGACUGAUGGCUAUAAUCCUGUAUUUCGUACUUUCAGAAUUUCUAUCAGUGAUGUGGACAAUAAGAAACCUGUCAUCACAAUCCAUAACCUCGUGGUGAGUGAAAAUGAAUACAAACUGAUAACCCCAUUUGAACUGACUGCAGAAGACAGAGAUACACCUGAUGCAUUGCUAAAAUUUAUCAUCACUCAAAUACCAGUUCAUGGUCAGAUCAUGUUUAAUAGCUCCAAACCAGUCACCACCUUCACUAAACAAGAUCUAAAUGAAAAUCUAAUCAGCUACAAACAUGAUGGCACAGAAUCAGUUGAGGAUAGCUUCUCUUUCACUGUUACGGAUGGCACUCAUAGUGAUUUCUAUGUCUUCCCCAACACUGUGUUUGAAACAAGGAAACCUCAGACUAUGAAGAUUCGAAUAAUGGCUGUGGACAACAGUGUACCUCAAAUUGUAAUAAAUAAGGGUGCUCAGACUCUCCGUAUUCUGCCCACAGGUCACAUUGGGUUUCUGAUUACCAACAAGGUGCUCAAAGUGGAAGACAGGGACAGUUUACAGGUUACUCUUAAGAUCAGAAUCACAGAGAGUCCGCGCCAUGGCUUCCUGAUCCACCUGGGGAAAGGCAACCAUAGCAUCAGCCAGUUCAGCCAAGCUGAUAUUGAUGGCAUGAAGAUAUGCUAUGUUUUACGAGGAGGUGACAAUGCCACCAGUGACAUUUUUCAUUUCAUGGUUGAAGAUGGUGGCGGCAAUAAGCUGAAGAAUCAACAUUUUCGCCUAAACUGGGCGUGGAUCUCCUUAGAAAAGGAAUAUUAUUUAGUAAAUGAAGACUCCAGAUAUCUUGAUGUUGUUCUUAAACGGAGAGGUUACCUGGGAGAAACCUCUUUUAUAAGUAUUGGCACCAAAGAUGGUACUGCCAAGAAAGAUAAAGACUUCAGAGGAAAAGCCCAGAAGCAGGUGCAGUUUAAUCCUGGCCAAACCUUAGCUACGUGGCGAGUACGGAUUUUGAGUGAUGGUGAACAUGAACAGUCUGAGUCCUUUCAAAUUGUUCUUUCUGAGCCAGUCAUGGCAGUUCUGGAAUUUCCUGAUGUAUCCACAGUGGAAAUUAUUGACCCAGGAGAUGAAUCAACUGUCUUUAUUCCUCAGUCCACCUAUACUAUUGAAGAAGAUGUUGGUGAAUUAUUUAUUCCAGUCAGAAGAAGUGGAGAUGUGAGCCAGGAACUGAUGGUUAUCUGCUACACACAACAAGGAACAGCAUCUGGCACUGUCCCAACCUCUGUACUUUCUUACUCUGACUACAUAUCCAGGCCUGAGGAUCACAACAGCGUUCUACGUUUUGACAAAGAUGAACGAGAAAAAAUGUGUCGGAUCGUUGUCAUAGAUGAUUCCUUGUAUGAAGAGGCUGAGACCUUUGAUGUUUUGCUGAGCAUGCCAAUGGGUGGAAGAAUUGGUGCAGAAUUCCCAAGAGCUCGAAUUACUAUUGUACCUGACAAGGAUGAUGAACCAGCAUUCUACUUUGGAAAUGAUGAAUACUAUGUUGAUGAGAGUGCUGGCUAUAUUGAGGUAUGUGUCUGGAGGACUGGAACUGAUCUGUCUAAAGCUGCCUCUGUUACAGUGAGGUCUCGCAAAUCUGAGCCAGUAACUGCAGAGGCUGGACUAGAUUAUGUGGGCAUCAGUCGUAACUUGGAUUUUUCCCCCGGAGUCAAUAUGCAGACGUUUCGUGUGGUAAUUCUGGAUGACCUUGGACAGCCAGUGUUAGAAGGAACUGAGAAGUUUGAGCUUGUGCUAAGGAUGCCCAUGAAUGGUGCCCUUGGAGAACCUAGCAAGGCCACCAUCUUCAUUAAUGACUCAGUGUCUGACUUGCCUAAGAUGCAGUUUAAAGAAUCUGUAUAUGUAGGCAAUGAGAAUGAUGGACAGAUUUCUGCCAUGAUAUAUAGGAGUGGGGAUAUCCGAUACACAUCCACUGUGAGAUGCUAUACAAGACAAGGUUCAGCUCAGGUAAUGAUGGACUUUGAAGAACGUCCUAAUACUGACAGUUCCAUCAUCACAUUCCUUCCUGGUGAAACUGAGAAGCCUUGCACACUGGUGCUUGUGGAUGAUACUUUCCAUGAAGAAGAGGAAGAACUACGUCUGGUUCUUGGCACUCCAAGAAGUGAUUCUUCCUUUGGUGCCUCUAUUGGCGAACAAAAUGAGACGCUGAUAAAGAUUCGGGAUGAUGCAGACAAGGCUAUUAUUAAGUUUGGUGAGACCAAAUUUAGUGUGAGUGAACCAAAGGACACAAGGCAAGUAGCAGUUGUAAAAAUCCCAGUGCUUCGUCUGGGAGACACUUCCAAGGUUUCUGUCGUGAGAGUUCAUACAAAGGAUGGAUCUGCUACUUCUGGAGAAGACUAUCACCCUAUAUCAGAAGAAAUUGAGUUUAAGGAGGGUGAAACACAGCACUUUGUGGAGAUUGAAGUUCUCUUUGAUGGAGUAAGGGAGAUGAGAGAAGCCUUCACAGUUCAUCUGAAGCCUGAUGAGAACAUGGUCGCAGAAAUACAGACAGCCAAGGCCAUAGUUUACAUUGAAGAAAUGAACAGCAUGGCAGACGUCACCUUUCCCUCUGUCCCUCAAGUUACAUCCCUUUUGAUAUAUGAUGAUACUUCUAGAGCCAAAGACAGAACCAGUCCCAUAGCUGGCUAUCCUGUCAUCUGUAUCACAGCUUGUAAUCCUAAAUAUGAAGACUUUGACAAGACUGGUUCUAUAUGUGCCAGUGAGAACAUCAAUAAUACUCUGACACAAUACCGGUGGCUUGUAAGUGCACCCACUGGUCCUGAUGGUGUGACUAGCCCCAUGAAGGAGGUUGACUUUGAUACUUUCUUCACUUCCUCCAAGAUGAUUACGCUCGACUCCAUUUACUUUCAAGCCGGUUCUCGUGUCCAGUGUGCAGCUCGUGCUGUGAAUUCAGAUGGGAAUGAGGGUCUUGAGCUCAUGAGCCCUAUUGUAACUAUAAGCACAUCAGAAGGUCUUUGUCAACCUCGUAUGUCAGGAGUAGUUGGAGCAGAACCAUUCUCUGCUAAAUUGCGCUAUACUGGCCCAGAAGAUCCUGAUUAUGCCAACCUCAUCAAACUGACAGUCACAAUGCCACAUAUUGAUGGCAUGCUGCCUGUUAUUUCUACAAGAGAGCUCUCCAACUUUGAGCUGACACUUAGCCCUGAUGGAACUAGAGUUGGAAACCAUAAAUGCUCCAACCUGUUGGAUUACACAGAAGUGAAGACCCACCAUGGUUUCUUAACUGAUGCUACCAAAAAUCCAGAUGUGAUUGGAGAGACCAUUCCCUAUCAAUACAGCCCAGUAAUUAGAGGCUUCAAUACCUUACGCUUCUACCGCAAUCUGAACCUGGAAGCCUGUUUAUGGGAGUUUGUUAGCCAUUAUGACAUGUCUGAGCUCCUCACAGAUUGUGGAGGCACCAUUGGGACAGAUGGACAGGUUCUCAACCUAGUACAGUCCUAUGUCACGCUGAGAGUCCCCUUGUACGUCUCUUAUGUUUUCCACUCUCCGGUGGGUGUAGGAGGCUGGCAGCAUUUCGACCUACAGUCAGAGCUCCGGCUGACUUUUGUGUAUGACACUGCCAUCCUGUGGAAGGAUGGGAUCGGUAGCCCACCUGAAGCAGAGCUCCAAGGUUCCCUGUACCCAACCAGCAUGCGUAUUAGUGAAGAGGGGCGCUUAGUUGUCAACUUCAAGACUGAAGCCCGGUUUCACGGUCUGUUUGUGAUGUCCCAUCCUGCUUCAUCUCUGACUUCCAUGGUUAUGUCAGCUGAUCACCCGGGCCUGACAUUUAGCCUCAGCCUCAUCCGAAGCGAGCCAACGUACAACCAGCCAGUACAGCAGUGGAGCUUUGUUUCAGAUUUUGCGGUUCGAGAUUAUUCUGGAAUGUACACUGUGAAGUUGAUAGCUUGUACCACUGCUCCACAUCAGGAGUACAGCCUACCAGUUAUCUGCAGUCCUAGAGAGCCGAUCACAUUUGAUCUGGAUAUCCGAUUCCAGCAGGUCAGUGACCCAGUGGCUGCUGAGUUCAGCUUGAACACCCAGAUGUUCCUCCUCUCCAAAAAGACACUGUGGCUAUCUGAUGGCUCAAUGGGCUUUGGGCAAGAAAGUGAUGUUGCUUUCUCAGAAGGUGAUAUCAUAUAUGGUCGGGUGAUGGUGGAUCCAGUGCAGAAUUUGGGUGAUUCCUUCUACUGCAGCAUCGAGAAGGUUUUCCUAUGCACAGGAGCUGAUGGAUAUGUACCCAAAUAUAAUCCAUCCAACACUGAAUAUGGGUGCCUUGCCGAUUCUCCAUCCCUUCUGUACAGGUUUAAGAUUGUGGACAAAGCUCAGCCGGAGACACAAGCCACAAGCUUUGGAAAUGUGCUUUUUAAUGCAAAACUUGCAAUAGAUGAUCCUGAAGCAAUUCCGUUAGUUAAACAGCCAGGCUCUGAUGGAUUUAAAGUAGACUCAACUCCUCUAUUUCAGGUGUCUUUGGGUAGGGAGUGGUAUGUCCAUACAAUCUACACUGUACGUUCAAAAGAGAAUGCUAACCGCGGAAUUGGCAAAAGAAGUGUGGAGCACCAGUACCACUCGCUCUUUAGUGGUGGGAGCCAAGGAGCAUCCACACAAAGACGUCAGAAGAGGGGAGUUGAGCAGGACCCAGAACUUGCAAAAGACAUUGGAGUAGAAAACAACCGAGGAACAAACAUACAGCACAUAGCACUAGAUCGCACCGGCAAGAAACACAUUCCUCAAAGGGAGGUUGCAGUCAACGGCGUUCUCCCCAGGGAACUGAAUAACCAAAGUGCAGGGGUCAGCAUAGUCACAAUCAUUGGUGGAGCUGCUGCCAUUUUCCUUGCCAUCUGCUUAAUUGCAAUCAUCAUUUUGCUGCUAAAAUGGAAACAAAGUUCUGAGAAGAAGGAAGCCACAAAGGAGUCGGGCAGCAAUGAACCAAUGAUGCUACAAUAUAAUUACAACAGCGACAGCUCAGAGGUUUGA